AAGCGUCACAACCACUCAAUAGCUCUUACUUCAACUGCACCUUCGUAAAUAUGUCGCUUACUCGCCAAUUCUUUCGGGAAAUGCGUCCCCUCUUCCGCAUGCUGGAGGAACCCUUUGGUCGCUCACCCACAUACACGAGCUUUCCACGUACACGACUCUUCGAAGACCCUGUCUUCACCAGCCCGGCUUUGCUCCGGCCAGCGAUGGAUGUGACAGAAGAGGGGAACCACUAUAUUGUGGAGGCCGAGCUCCCUGGCGUAAAGAAGGAGAACGUACAAGUUCGCAUUGGUGACGGUGGCCGGAGCAUUACCAUCGAAGGCAAGGUUGUCGAUCGCAGGGGAGUGGCUCCAGAAGGGCAGUCGGCCUCCUCAAAGGCGGGCCCGUCCGGAGGAGAGACCACCCAGGGUGCCGAAGGCACGAAGGCUGUGACAACAACGCCACCCGAGCCCAGAGAGAUCUCGUCAGAGAGGGAGUUCGUCGGUUCGCGGACCUUCACUCGCACAGUCUGGCUGCCUCGUAGGGUGGAUCCCAACCAUGUUGGUGCGAAGCUGAAUGACGGUGUGCUUACUGUCACCGUACCCAAGGCAGAGGACCCUGGAAGCGUCCAGAUCGAAGUUCAAUGAAGGACGGGAUUAUCGCAACAGGGCCCGGGAGCUGCAGUUCGUUAGCGCGCAUUGAGAUCAUCGUGUAAUAUAUUAUUUGUACUGCAUCUGGGCGAAGGAUGCCUUUAAAAUUUCUGCACAUACCACAAUAGAUAUUGUUAUUUGAGCCGAACUCAC